AUGCCUCGGCCGGCCCAGCAUUACCACCAUGGUUCAGGGGCCCAAGACACAAAGAUAGAGUCUGCCUUUGAAUCUCCAAUGUGUCAACAGUCAUAUCAGCAUACAACUUUGUCCCAGACACUGCAGCCUUUUACUAUCCAGCCUCUGCUUUCAAAGCGAUCCCAGAACCUUCAGUCAAUCUCGCCUGCAAUGAUGCCACCAUCCUCACAAAUGUUACCUACAAAGAUGUUUAAACCAUCUCAGUCAGAGAAUGAUCUUUUAUCACAAGAAAAAGCACCAUCUUUUGAUGCAGACCAAGAUCCUGUUUUAGCAGAUCUCUGUAGACCACUACAUUGUAAACUGUGCAAUGUGUCUCUCAAUUCAACUCAGCAAGCACAGGCACAUUACCAGGGUAAAAAUCACUCAAAGAAACUUCGUAAUUAUUAUGCUGGACAUCAAUGUGUAUCUACUUCCAAAGUGACUCAUCCUGUAGAUCAACCAGCCGCACAGCUUCAUCCUUCAGCAUCCCAGUCAGGACCCUCCAAGAUGGCAGGUCGAGUGAUUCUGGCCACAGCAAAUGAUUACUGCAAACUCUGUGAUGCCUCUUUUAGCUCCCCUGCUGUGGCACAAGCACAUUAUCAAGGAAAGAACCAUGCCAAGAGACUGCGGCUGUCAGAAGCUCAGAAAUCCAAUUCACUUCCAGAAGCAACAGAGCUCACAAAGAGGAGGCAAAGGAAAGAAGGAAAUGCAUUUAAAGUGGUGCCAAAUCAUCGCAAUUCACAUGGAGUUCAAAAUACCCUUGGUCCUUAUUUUAAUCCACGUUCCCGGCAGCGGAUUCCACGUGACCUAGCAAUGUGUGUGACACCAAGUGGACAGUUCUAUUGUUCUAUGUGUAAUAUUGGAGCCAGUGAAGAACCAGAAUUUCGGUUGCACCUUGAAAGCAAAUUACAUAAGUGUAAAGUGUCAGAACAGCGAUAUCGCAAUGAAAUGGAAAAUCUUGGAUAUGUAUGAAGGUUUGAAAAUACAUGCAUCUUAUAACUUUAGAAGAAUGCUUAUAAUUGUCAAGAUACAUUCACAAUAUCAAUACAAAAUAUUAAGUCUUAAAGAAAUUAUAGAGGCCAUUUUAAUUGUACAAUAUUUUGUUGUAUAAUGUCAAUGUGUAUUUUGUGCUUGCUUAAUAUUAUUUAAUUUUUUUCUCUGUAUAGAGCACAUCCAUUAAUUGUUUUAUUAUUAACUUUUGCCCCUUAAAGGGAGUGUGCAACUGGUCAUAAGAUGCUUUUACAAAUGAUUUGGAAGUAUUUGAGUGAUUUAAUAUUUGCUUUGUACAAUUUUCCAGCAAAAUGUUCCUUUUUGUAAUUUAAUGUUAUUCUAACUUUGUCUCUUUUAAUGUAUUUAUUUUUGUUUUGUAACAUGUAGUUAUCUUCUGAAGUCAGUCCAGAAGAUGAUGAACAUUUAUUAAAAUAUCAACUUUGAUCAUUCCUUUUAUUGUUGACUGUCUUUACAAAGAAAAUGUCACCAUCAGGCUCUCUGGAGAAUAAUCCUAAGAUUGAAAAAUAACAUAACAGGAUAAUGUCCAUUUAAGUUUAUUAAGCUAUCUUUAUUUCAGAUAGUGACCUGGAGGAGUUAAUGCGCUUGAUGAUGUAAUGAAUCAGCAAAUGUUGAAGCUUUUCUGUAUUUCUGUAUAAAAUGCUGUGCAUACAUACCUACAGAAUAUUUCAAAGUGAACUUCCUCACAAUUGAGUUCCAUUGGCAUUGACGGCAUGAACUGUGUAAGUAGUCAACCACAGAAAAAAUGAAUGGACGUUGGUGCUGUUGUUACUCCUGUGACUUGAAAUAACAUUCCUAAAUGGUGAUAUUCUCCUUUUAAAGUUGUCUCACAUUUCCAGAAUCUUAAAAACAUAACCAUGGAAGAAUAAUUUAAAAAGCUCAAAAUUGUGGAAACGUUAAAUGUUGUGUUUUGCAAAUUGAUCAAAAUGAGCUUUUGAAUUUGAUGGAUAAAACCUUUUCAAGAUAUUAGAUAAGUGUCUUGUCCUGGGUUUGUUUGUUGGAGCUUUUAUUAAUGACAAAUAUGUAUAUUGCUUUAUAGAAGAUAGUAAAAAUUUAUACAACUGGAAAGGCAUUGAGUUGAGUACAUUUGCACAUAGUAUAAUAUAUAUGUUCCAUUUAAGUGGUGGAAAAGGAUUACUUUCACGGAUUCCAUAGUAGUUAUAUGUCUGUAAACUCACAUCUCUUUUCACUUGGCUGACCUGACUACCUUUAAGAACAGUCAAGGGAUCUUUCUAUUAAAAGCUAGCAUUUGAUGAAUAUUCUUUAUCAAACUAUAGUUUAUUUUUUAUAAUAUUUUAUGGAUGUAAAAUUGUACUGAAUUUUUCUAUCAUUAUUCUCAUUGUUAUAUUUUUCUCUGUGCUGAAUUUGAUGUGAAAGAUGACCAUCUAUUUGCAUCUAUGAUAUAAAAGCUAUUCAGAUUGAGCCUUUCAGGUUUACAUGAUAGAUGUUGAUAUUAAACAAGUGCAUUUAUAAAUUUAUGGCUCAGACCAUGACUGCUGCAUGAUUGUACUUGCUUGGUAUCAUAAUUUUAGCCAGUGGUACAAUCUGUUGGAUGACAUUUCCAUUGCAAAUGUAGAUUCACUUCAGGCCCCUAUUUUUAAUAUUUCAUCUCACAAUUUAAGAGGAAUAGUUAUAAACUUUCACAUAUAAUGUGCAUAAAUUUAACAGUACUAGUAUUUUGCUGACAUGAUAAAUGAAUAAAAUAUAACUUUUUAAUUUCAGAGUAUAAAUAUGAUCAAUUAUAAUGGAUUAAUUAAUCUGAGGAUCAUUUGUUUGCAAGAAUGCAUAACCUGAAAGUACCUUUGUCUUUUAUUUUGCACAACUGUAUGCA